AUGGUUCGCUUUCUAGCCGGCUUGACGGCCUUUCUUGGUUCCACAGGCUCGCCUGCACCCGAUACCUCGGACUGUACAGGUACCAAUGCCAUUAGCAUGAAGUGUGCCUCUGCUGAGGUCCCUUACAAGCGUGAUUUCUUCUACGUUGGUGGUCACUCUGUCAAGGCCGCUUCUGGCAACAUCACAGUCGAUCAGAUUUAUGUGGAGAAACUCACACCAGCCGUGAGAAUCACUCAGAAGAAUCCUCUUGUUUUUUUCCACGGCGGUGGUCUUUCGGGAAGCACGUGGCUCAACACACCUGAUGGACGUGAGGGUUGGGCCAGCUAUUUCGUCAAGAAAGGCUAUGUUGUUUAUUUGGUUGAUAACAACUCUAUCGGUCGCAGUUCCGAGAAUGAUAUUGCCGGUUACCCCAUGUCCUCCGGCUCAGCUUCUGAGACUGUUAUGAAGUUCUUCACAUCACCUGAAAACUACGAGACUUAUCCUCAGGCUAAGCUCCACACACAGUGGCCCGGUACUGGAGCUGAUGGCGAUCCCGUUUAUGAUCAGUUCAAGAAGUCUCUGAUCCCUCUCACGACCAACUUUGUCGGCCAGGAGAAUGCUCUCCGCGCUGCUGGCUGUGAGAUGCUUUCUCUACUGGGCGAAAAGGCCUAUCUUAUCUCUCAUUCGCUGGGGAGCAGAAACCCUCUCCUUCUUUCUAACGAUUGCCCUGAGUACAUCGCUGGUAGCAUCAACCUUGAAACAGCCACUUCGCCUUUCUGGUCUUACGCAGAAGGCCUAGGCGGUUUUGCUGCGUCGCCAUGGGGUUUGACCAAUACACCAGUCACUUACGACCCUCCUGUGAAGGACCCAUCUGAAUUAAAGCAUGAGUCAGUUGGAAAUGAAACAUUGGCUCAUCGUAAUUGCUACCUCCAAGUUGAGCCUGCGCGCAAGCUUCCUCAGAUUAACAAGGUCCCCUACCUUCUUCUUACCGGCGAGGCUUCUAUCCAUAUCACAUAUGACCACUGCGCUGUCGACUUUCUCAAGCAAGCUGGCGGCAAACCUGAGUGGAUUAAACUGUCGGAAUUCGGUAUCAAGGGCAAUGGCCACUUUUUGCAUGUUGAGAAGAACAACCUCCAAAUUGCUGGUCUUGUCGAUGCUUGGAUUCGGGGUCAACUGGUCAAAUCUAAAUUUGGCAAAUGA